AUACAUAGAUAGCUGAAUCGAUCAUCGAACGAAGAAGUUUUAGACCAUGCAGCAAGCGAUUCCUUACAGGACAUGGCAGCCGGUGCCGCCGGUCGGCAGCCCAGUUAGGAGAGGAGGAGUUUCAUCUUCUGCUGUUACUAAUGAAGACAUUUCAUCAUCAUCAUCAAGAAGUGGAGUUGGAAAGGAUGUGAAGGGAUUGGUAUCAGAGAACGCUGUGAUAGUGUUUGGGAAGAAAGGUUGUUGUAUGUGUCAUGUGGUGAAGCGGCUCUUUGUUGGGUUGGGUGUGAACCCUACUGUGUAUGAGGUGGAUGAGGAAGAUGAAGCUCGAGUGAUUGAUGAAUUGGUUUCUAUCACUAUUACUAAUCAGCAGGAGAGGACACAGUUAUUCCAGUUCCCUGCUGUGUUCAUUGGUGGGAACUUGUUUGGUGGGUUAGAUCGCCUUAUGAAUGCUCAUAUCUCUGGAGAGCUCAUACCCAUUCUGAAGAAAGCAGGAGCCUUGUGGCUUUGAAUUUCAUUAAUUUGACCCUUUUGAGAUGUUAUUUUCAAGUUUCAACUUCUUCUUUCUUUGCCCUUUAUCUCUUCUGCUUGCUCUCUUCUUCAAGGAAUUAGAGAGGGGAAUGCAGGAGUUUUUUUUUUCUCUCUUUAAUUUUGUGUCUUCCUUUACAAUUUAGACAUGGGAAGAUGAUUCUCCUCCUUUUAAUAUGUAAGUAUUGGAAAGAAAAAAAAGAAAAACUUCUUAUGACUUGGGAUCUUCAAUUCUGUGAUUUUGGUAUAAUUAAUUAUCAAUGAAUUUGAUUUAAUUAGUUUGGGAUUU